UCUGCAAAAACAUCAAAUCAAUUUGUCAAAUUAGAUAUUGAACCAAAAUGUCAUAAAUCAAAAUUACGGUUUAAUAAAUAUUUUAGUGGAAAUGUGAGCUUUAAAAUAUAAAAUAGUAAAUAAUUCGUGAGGGUGGCUCGACACGGGGUAAAAACGCUUAUGAAGAAGCGGAAGGGUAAGAUCAAGAUGGAGUGUCGUGCCCGAAGGAAUCGUAGAAGAUGCCGCUCUUGCAACCCUUCUUGCUUAGACAUCGCGGCGGACGAGUGCUGUAAACCGUGGAGUUUCAUGAGCAGCUGUUACAGCUUCCUCAUACUGUCGAGUCUCAUAGGGCUCAUUUACCUGAUGCUGGACUACCACUGCUCCUCGUGUUCUUCUAAAUGUGAUCUGAACCAUAUCAAUAGGAGCAUUGAAGACAUCUCUAAAAAUUUAGCAGUCAUGAAGAACAGUUACUUUGAUUUGGAACUGAAGGUGUCUCGGGUUACACAAGAACUACCGAAACUAGAAGGACAAUUUGAAGUAAUAGAAGCACUAGCUAAUGCACUGGAUAGUAAAGGGGCGGCUUGGGACCCGAGAACUAGCCUCCCUCUCCCCAACGUUGACGUAUGCCUGAACAAAGCUAUGAAGUUAGGAAAAAAUGCUAGCAAAUGCGGCUGCCCAAAGAAGCGUUUAUCGAAAAUUAUGACAUGACAAUCACUUUAUAUUGGGCAAUUAUUAAGCAAACAGUCAAUUGGAACAAGGUCGAAUAAAAAAAUGUUAAACGUGGCUAUUGUUAAAAUAAUUUAUUUUACAAAAAUAAAGUCAUAGUAUCUUCUAA